CGCUGCGCCCCGCCGGCAAGGCGCUGCACCCCGCGGGCCGCACCUGGGCCCGCUUCGCCGUGCGCUGCGGGCCGCGCCAGCUCGCCGCGUACCUGGCAGAUAUGGGUGUUCUCGUCCUGGAGGUUCUGACCAAACUGGACCACCUGCCCCUUGGCAAAGCGCAGAUCACUGAACUGGCCCAGCUGUCUCCCAGCCAUCCCAUCAAAGGCUCUUUUCCUGUGGUGUCACCAACAUCGGAUAAACUCGGGGAGCUGCAGGUCUCGCUGGUUCUAGAGCCUCUGCCAGAAUUGUAUGACACCAGCAGCUCUGUGCUGACCACAGAAGGAGCUUCAGACUCUGCUGCUGCUCAGGGAAGCAGCAAGCCCCAGCUUCCUGCUCCAUCCCAACAGCCCAGGCACACACAGGUGACUGCUGAACAGCAGUCUGUUAACAGCAGCAAAGCCACAACUUUUAGAGGAAAGGACCAUUUGCUCUCCCAAGAGAACUCUGAAAACAUGCAGGACACCUUCUCUGCUCCUCAUCCCCAUGAACAUUUGAAGCUGAAUCCCUCGAGCCAGCCCCUGUCAUUUCCCACCAGCACCGAUCCUGAAGCACUUCCCAGAAGGAACACAGGGGUGCUCUCCAUGCACAACCCACCUACGAAGGACCUGCUGUCAGCUCUCCUGGAUCAAGGCAAUAAACUCCGUGAUGCCAUGGCUGUUUCUGCAAUGAAGUCCAGCCCAGACAUGGAGAUUAAACUGAAUAAAAUGUCUCAUUUUAUAGAGAGAGAUGAUUUUAAAGCACCAGCAAAGAGCCCAAAAGGCUUGAAGUCCAGUUUUGUGCCCACUCCUGAAGAUCCCCAUCACUUUGGAUCUGAAGUUUCAGGUCAGCAAUUUGGCCUAUACUCUGAAGAAAGAGCAAUCCAGUUACUGUUGGGCAGUGCUGAUUUCUCUCCAGGGCACCUUUGGGAUCAGACAGGCUCCCUGUGGGAUUCUCUGUCCCUUGGCAGUGAGGUGUAUGACAGUGAACUCGGUGAUCCCCAUUACGACCAGAGUCUGCUGGAGAGGCUUUUUUACACAGCUCCUAAAUCUGAUUCCAGUUUGAGUGACUUCCUCAGUGAUGAUGAUGUUAAAUCCUCAAAAAAAGCAUCCAAGACAGAAACCCUCAAAAAAGCAGGUCCAGUGAAUCCACAGAAGGAUUUUCCUGCCUUGGAUCAAAAUGUGGCAGAAACUAAACCCAGCUGCUCUCCCAGUGCUCCUCCAGAAGACCACAGAGAAAUGGCUCUUCUCACACCCUUGGGUGCAGACAGGUUGGCAUUGCUGCAGCAAAUACACCUGGCCAGAGUCAUCAUUGAAAGCUUGAAAAUCCCUCCUGAGAGCAUCCAGAUCUCCCCAAGGAGGAAAGGUUUACAGGGGAAACCCCCACGACCCAUGUCUGUUCAUAAGCGUACCUUCUUUGUGGAGUACCACUUUCCUGUGAGAGUCUCCAAGGAUGGUAAAGGACAGGUCUCCAUAACCACAGAAACUAUUCGAGUAGCCUCAAGUAAAAUCACAGAUGAUGAGGUGAAAUUCCAGCAGCGGUCUGUGCUCCCAGUGUGGUUCGGAGGAGCGAUGAUUGAGCACUGGUGGGGCUCUGACCUGGCUUUUAAAAUCUACGUGAGAAAGAGCACACAGAAAAAGCCUGUGGUCAUUGGCUCAGCAGCACUUCAGCUCCGCAGGGUGAUUGAGGCUGAGCUGCUGAGAGUCAGCUGGGAAAUACCUGUGGAAAAAGAGGGAGAUCACACACAAGUUGGGCCACUAAAGGUGUCCCUGCAGCUCCUGGCCAACAACAAAGACUCGGCGUGCAGCACAGCCAGGUCAGCCACAGCUGGGCACCCGGCCCACGCCUUGAGGAGCGCCCAGCUGGGGCUGCAGGAGCCCAGCAGGACCAGUGCAAGUGCAGAAACCUCUCUGUGCCCCAGAAGGAGCCCUGAGGAGUCCCAGGAGGCAGGAGUGGGCAGCAGGGACGUGGCCACACGCACAGCCCCAGCUGAGGAGGAUGGGUUACUGCUGCACGUGCUGCUCAUGGUGCCUGAUGGAAAGGAUUUUAGUGCUGAUGGCUGUGGGCUGCCCAGCUCUUGCAAUGUGUAUUUAAACUGCAAACUGCUCAACACUGAGGAGGCAACGAGAUCUGCCGUCGUCUGGGGCACAACACAGCCUGCCUUUCAUUUUUCUCAGGUGAUGCCUUUUUCAUUGACUUCCAAACACUUGGAGCGGCUGAAGAACAAUGUGAUGAUUAUUGAAGCAUGGAACAAACUGGGAAGCCCUGGCUGUGACAAGUUGCUGGGAUUAGUGAAGCUCCCUCUGCAUCAGUUUUACAUCUCCUUCAAGGACCCCAGGAUCUCCCACCUGCUGCUGCAGGCCCAGUACCCGGUGGUGGCUGUGGAUGGCCACGUGCCCGUGGUGGACGUCUUCACCAGCAGCACGAGCGGCAGCCUCAGGGUGGUCCUGGCCAUGGGCUCAGCUCAGCAGAUCGUGGCGCUCCAGAGGCUCAAGGCUGAAGCAGGAAUGGUGCCUCCAGUCACACAGCGUCCUCCUCACUCUCUGGACCAUCCACCACCCACCAAGCCCACAAUGCAGUUGGACCCAAAAGGGGAAGACCUGGUGGAGCACGUGUUUGAGAUCCACGUGGAGGGUGUGAAGGGACUCACUCCCUUACAGUCCACAGUCUGGGGAGAGGCUGACUGCUACAUCCAGUACCACUUCCCAGUUCAGGAGCCUGGCUGUGGGGCACUGCAAGGACCUGGGCUGUAUGAGGAUGGCAUCACACUAAAGCCAUUUAGAACAGCCACCACUCUGUGUGUCCCUGAUCCCAUCUUUAAUGACGAACAUCAUCAUUCCCUGUCGGUUCCUGCUGAUGUCCCAGUCCAGAGGCUCCUGGUCAGUGCAUUUAUGGCACCAGGAGCAGCAGGAGGAGGAAUCCAGUUUGAAGUCUGGUGCAGGUAUUAUUACCCAAACGUCAGAGACCAGCUGGUGGCCAAAGGGGCCUUGCCUUUGUCACGGCUGUGUGCCAUGGUGACUCUGCAGCAUCGUGAAGAAAUAGGGAUGCAAACCUUCAAUCUUCCCUUGGUGCCCCGGACUGACUCCUCAGAGGAAUUUCCUCUGCGCCCUUCAGGUUUGCUCGAUGUGAGUGUGAGGUACCAACGAUCAGUGAAAACAGCAGCCAGAGUAACUGCUCAAGCUGUCUCACUUUCUGUACAAAUACACAGGGCAGCUGGUUUGCAAGCAGCAGCCAGAGCUGUGGCCCAGAAGAACCCCUCUGUGCAGUACUGUGCAGGGGUGGGAGUGAACGCUUACGUGUGCGCGCUCCCGUCCUUCCUGCCCCAGGCGCAGACGCGCAGCACGCGAGCCGUGCCCUGCUCCUUCUGCCCAGAGUUUGAGCAGCACCUGGAGUUCCUCUGUCCUCUCAUCACUCAGAAAAGCACUGGGGAGGCCUCUUCUCUGGGGGAGCUCUUGCAGUCUGCCAGUAUUUCUUUCUCCAUCUACCAUCAGAGCACCAAGGCAGCCACUGACAAAAUGGCUGAUAGAACAUCUAGGGAUUAUCUUCUUGGGACAGUCAGGAUUCCAACCAGAGACCUGCUGACAAGAAGAUCAGGUAUUUCGGGCUGGUUCCCCGUGACCCUGUCCGAAGGUCCGGUGCCUCCACACCGCACCAACGCCACGCAGGCCAUCGUGGGAGGGCUGGAGCUGUCUGUUGCCUUUGCCCAGCACGGGGACAGGGAGCGCGUUUUGGAGGCUGCCCGGCUCCUGGGCUGGAGCAGUGAGGACAUCCAUGAAGACAGCGAGGACGAGAGCGGUGGCUGGGGCCAGAGUGCCAGCCCGGUGGCUGUGACCAUUGCCACGCCCAGGGUGUGGCUGCCCCUGCACUGCGUGCUGCUGGCAGGGCAGACAGAGCUGCACAAGAGCACUCACUGCUACCUCAGGUACAAACUGUACAACCAGGAAGCCACCUGGACGUGGCUGAAGCGGCCAAAACUGAGUGACGACGCAGAGAAUGUCACAGUGAGCUUCAGGAAACCCAGCAAGGUGACUCUCAGGAGGAGCCAGGGGCUGCUGUGGUUCCUCAGAGAGGAGAGAUUAGAAAUCCAGGUGUGGUGGGCAUAUGGCAAGGAGAAUGAGGUGGAAAGACCCCUUGAUACAGAUCGUCUCAUUGGAUCUGCCUACGUCGACCUGGCAGCGUUAGCAGAGACAUCAAGGAGGACACUGAGUGUUAGUGGUGUUUAUCCAUUGUUCAGAUGCAAUGCUGCAGACCUGUCAGGAGCUGCCGUGCGUGUUCAUGUCAGCCUUGCUCCCACUCCUGCUGCUCUGCCCAGACCCCCCUGUGCUGAGGAGUGCAGCAACAGCGAAGAUGAAGGCCCAGGGGAGCCCCCUACUCUGAGCCAGCAGGUCUCUGACAAGCAGCAGGUGGAUGCUGAGAGCUCAGGGAUCACCAGUGGCGAAACACAGGAAGGUGAUGUGGUGUUCCUGGAAAACACAGUUGCUGUCAACAUCCUUGUGGAAAGAGCAAUGCAUCUAAGUUUAAAAGGAAGUCCCUUGACAGAACGUGAAGUGGCAGCCCCCAGUAGCUGUGUGUCAUUUGCUGUUGCUGGUGCAGAUGCUCCAGUAACCACACCAGUGAUAGAAAAUACAGACUCACCAGUCUGGGACUUCCAGCAGCAAGCAAGAUUAUCCAAAGAGCUUCUUGUGGAUCCACAGCAAACCUUAGUCUUCAAAGUGUGGCAUAAAGCAGAGUCGGAGCGAGUGAUCGGAUUUGCGUCCGUGGACCUUUCUCCUCUCCUGUCUGGCUUCCAGCUGGUGUGUGGGUGGUACAACAUCACUGACUUCAGCGGGCAGUGCCGGGGGCAGAUCAAGGUGGCCGUGUCCCCGCUCCAAAACAUCCAUCAGCUCAGGGAGGAGAGGCAGACCAGGGCCCGGAGCCGGCCGGAGAGUUCUGCUGUGAAGGUCAGCUUUCCAGCAUGUCCUGGCAAUUCUGCAAACUUGUCCAAGCAGAUGUUGAAUUCCUUGCCGAAGGAAGUCAGCGUUCCCGCUCUGGAGCGGAUGAGCCCUCCCGGCACGCACAGGGCUCGGCACGAGGAGCACGUGCAGAACGUGCGCAGAUUCCAUGAAUCCCUGCAGCAGGAAGGGAACGCGCGCCGGGCAGCCAGGCUGGACUCGGCACCGCCGGCCUCUCGUGCUGCUCUGCUCACUGCUCUCAGAAAAAACUUGAGUGAGCUGGAUGAGGUUCAAAGAUACUUCAGUGAGAAGCUGACCAGGUCUUUCCCUGACUUCAGCACAUCCAGACCAAGCCAUGAGGAGUGUGAGAGUGACCCUCAGGGCUCGAUGAGCAGAGAAGCACAUCCCAAAGGCUGCCAUCUUCUGGAAAAAUCCAGUCAGUUGGUGUCUCAGGUCAGCAGCCUAAUCAAUGACUUGCAGACUAUAACUAAAAACAGCAAAGAGGCUUAUGCUGUACACCAGGACAGCAUGAGGAAGCAGGGUGCUGUGGAUGUACCCAGCUGGAAGGAGGAAGGAGCCAGACCUGAAGUUCCUGAUCAGCUGGAGUCGGAUGCGCCCGGCGUUUCGAGGGACACGCGGCAGCCUGGGAGAUCUGUGUUUGAGAGACACAUGCUGCACCAACUGCUGGGCCCCAUUGUUCCUGAAGAUGAGCAUCCAGAGGGUUGUAUCCAGGAGGAUGAAGGUGCUUUUGCCAUCCAGCCACACAGUGAGGAAGAAUACGAAGAAGACGUCAUAGAACCACGAACUCUUAAUGAGAUAACGACUGUAACAGACAGGACGAGCCCCUGGUCCAGUGUGCUCUCUGAAACAGGGCAGGGGGCUGAGCAGCCUCCUCUGGAGCCCAGGCCUGAAGAUCAGCACUCCAUAGAUGCAGGAGGUUUCCAAAGAGGGACCAGCAGCACCUUGUCCAGCAUCCUGCAAGGCGACAGCCAGAGCGUGCUCAGCGCCCUGAGCCCACCCGUGAGCCCCCACGCAGGUGGGAACAGUCCCUGGGCAGCAGCAGGAGACUUCCAGACCUUCAACAGCAGCACGGGAACAGCAGAGAAGGAGCUGCAUCCACCUGCUGGGCAGAACCUCUGGAACAGAGCACUGAGCACUGAACCCAUCAGGAGAAGUGUAGAGCUCCAUGCAGGCUCUGAGGAGCUGCUGCCAUUCCCAGGAGACAGGGGUUUGACCAACGGAAAAACCACUGAGGGAGAGGAGGAGGAAAAUGCUGAGGUUGUAAAUGGAGAUCAUCAAAGCAAAGAAGGAAGUGGUUCUGAUGAGAACUGUGUUGGGAGUGUAUCAGCACAAGCUGGCUCAGAAAGAAACUGUGAGAGCUUCCCUGAUGACAGCAGUGAAGACCCAGUGGAAGGCUCAGAAAGCUCCAUCAAGCCAAAAAUCCCUUUAUCUGAUCCUGUUGUUGUUCCCAACUUCUUCCUUCCACCCCAGGAGAUGGAAGCCUCCAUGAGACUGCUCAGCACUUCUUCUCCUCCUUCUACAUCUCCAGAAGAGUGGAGCCGUGCCUGGAGGAAUCCCCUACCGAAGAGCAAACCGUCCCAGGCCCAGCCCCGAGCUCUCGGAAGAGGAAACCAAAAGAAUCGCCAGGAUCUUCUCUGCUCAGCUCUCCAAGAGGGAAUAGUGCUGGCCAGAGGCCGUGCCCAGCAGAGCUUCCUAAGCCAUGGCCAGACAUGGCAAAGGCUGAGCCCUCCAGCAAAGGGGAGGCAGAAGCCACAGCUUCCAGACUCUGAUUUUAGUUGGCCUGAUUGGUUACUUGAAGUCUCCUAUUUAGAAGGGCUUAAAGCCUGUGGUCAGCCACAGGGAGCUGUGUCUUGUAGGGGCAGGUCCCCAAUGAGACUGUGGGUAACCCACAGCCUGUUACCUGCUCUCCAAGUAGUCCAGGCUUAGGAUUUAUUCCUGUGAAAUGGCUCUUUCAAAAAUAGUUGGUGGGCAGCACAAUUCUCUGUUUCCACAGGUGCCCACAGUGCUUGUGUGUACACAGGCCAAGGGCACUCUGAAAUCUGGUGGGUGUACAAAAGAGGGUGACUAGAAAGAUGACACUUGUAUAUUUAUAUUUAAAUUAUUUUGGUAUGCCUUUCAGAGAGCAGACUUUGAUGACAACAGAGCUCAGUUAUUUUUGUACUGCUGUCUCCAGAGUUUGUUUCAAUAAAAUUCCCCUGGUUUCUAGUCA